AUGGCGGACUUUCUGUCGAAAGCAGCUGUCCAAAAAGCCGAUAUCAUUGCGAUACAAGAGCCAUGGGAAAACCCAUACAGCGACACAACAUAUCACCCACUGAAGCAAACACAUGAGCUCUUGUUUCCGUCUAGUGCGGAGACAGGAGGGAAAUCUCGUGUGUGCAUAUAUAUCUCGAAACGCUUCGGGACCGAAUGGACACAUCAUGCACACAGUGCAUUCUGUCAGGAAGUACGCUUCCUAUCGCCAACACUGGGAAUGCUCCGAGUACUCAACAUAUACAAUGAAUGCGGAACCACUAGCACAGUAGAGAUGUUACAUGAACUGUUAAACCCCCGUGAUCAGAUCAUACUACUUGGAGAUUUCAACCUCCACCACCCAGCAUGGGGAGGUAUCGAUAGCAGACAAGACCCCGGAUCCGACAAAUUGAUCGAGCUGUGCGACGCUGCAGAUCUCGACCUGUGGCUAGAGCCAGGCACAAUAACCAGGGACCAAAACGGCGACCAAACCACAAUCGACCUCUUUUUCGGAUCCCCCACUCUCACAGACAGGCUGGUGGUGUGCGAAGUGGCCAUGGAUUGCCACGCAGACUCAGACCACCUGCCAAUCCGGGUAAUAGUGGACAUCGAAACCCCACCGCCCCCAAACAACACAAAACGACGACUCUGGAAGGUCAUGGACACGGAAAAACUCGAGAAAUUUGUGACCCAGAACCUGACCAGUCUACGAUCAUGGGCCCUCGACACACCGCGUCAGAUCGACGACGCGGUAGAACAACUGAUCAACAUUAUACAGCGGGGGGUAGAAGAGUCGACUCCUUGGGCCAACCCAUCUCCACAGGCCAAUCGGUCAUGGACUAAGGAAUGUGGAGAAGCUGUCAAAGAAUCGAGACGACAGUUCCGACGAUACCGGUCCACGCACAGCGCCGAUGAUUGGGAAACGUACAGGGUUGCACGCAACCAGAAAGGUAGGAUCAUCAAGAGUGCACUACGGAAGGGCUUCCGAAAGUUCAUCGAGGAGGCCGUUGAGCAAGGACCACAGGGACUGUGGAGAGUGUCCAAAUGGGCCAGGAAUCGGGGCCAGCAACAACAAGGCAGCGUCAUGCCGGCACUACGAUCUGCUAACAUUAACGACAACAACGAUAUAUUUGCGGAGACGGAUGCGGCAAAGGUAGAAACACUACGGAGUGCCUUCUUUCCACGACCACCUGACGCGGACCUUUCCGACAUCGCGAACUCACGCCAGCGUGCCCCCUUUCCGAUGCCGGCCAUCACAGAGAGUGAGGUCAGGGCUGCGCUAAAACGUGCACCACCAGACAAAGCACCAGGAAUUGACACACUGCCAAAUAAGGUGUGGAAAGUUCUGUCACAGGGAUCCUCGGAGAGACGGUUCAUCCCGAUCAUCACGGCAAUCUUCGACGCAUGCCUUACCAUCGGAUACAACCCCAAACACUUCCAAACGUCUGUCACAGUAACACUCAGGAAGGCAGGACCCCGGGACUACCGAGUACCGAAAUCGUACCGGCCUGUGGCUCUGCUAAACACACUCGUUAAGAUCCUGGAGGCGAUCAUCGCUACACGCAUCGCGUGGAUGGUGGAAGAGCACAAACUGCUCCCGAAUACACACCUCGGCGGGAGGAAAGGCAUCUCUGUCGACCAUGCCAUCCAGCUGAUCCUCGACAAGCAUACGACAACGUUUCACACGAGCGGCUACUGUUCAAUAUGGAACAAAUGGGACUAG